AUGCCUCUGCAUGACAGGAUCGUACUGUAUCUGGAGAUGGCCGGUUUGUACCACCUAGCGAGGCUCAACACCAGGUGGUUCUGGUUGAACGAGCCCUUAGUCAGCGCUUUCAUUGAGAGAUGCCUUACAAAUUUUGAGAAGUUUAUGGAAGAAGACAAAUCGGCAUGGGAAUGGUUUCAGGAACUGUUUGGCGAGCUUCCACCACAGAAUAAGGUCAAGCAGUAUAUAGUCCACUUCACCUGGUUUCAUGAGAGGUUCAGGGUGCUGUCAGAUGAUGCUAUGGAGGAGACCGUACGCAUAUAUGCACGGGCUUAUAUUAUGAUGUUGUUUUCCACUCAGUUGUUCAGUGACAAGAGUGGAAACCGGGUUCAUAUACGGUGGUUGCCCUUUGUGGCGAGGCUUGAUGAUAUGGGUAGCUAUAGCUGGGGGUCGGCAGCGUUGGCCUGGCUAUAUCGUUACAUGUGUCGGGUGGCCAACAGAAAUGUGAUGAACUUGGCAGGCCUCCUACAGCUACUGCAGUCAUGGAUUUUCUGGCGGUUUCCUAGCCUCAAGCCGCGGGGAUUCGACACAUAUUCCUUCUCAUUGGCUUCCAGGUGGGCCACCUACUUGCCGACAUCCCACCGCAAGGAGGAGAGAGUCGUCCAGUGUCGCCUAGCGUUGGACCGAUUAGGCAAUUGA